AUGAAAUCUCUGGAAGAUCUCCGUGUAGUUACAGAAGAAUCAGUUGAAGUUGAUGAUGACAAGAGUUACGUUAGAAUUACAUUCAGACCAACUGUUCCACAUUGUCACUUGCCAAACAUAAUUGGUCUUUGCAUCUACGCAAAGCUUCUAAAAAGCCUUCCUGCUCGAUUCAAGGUUGAUGUAAGAGUAGCACCCGGGACUCAUGCAACAGAGGCUUCAGUCAAUAAACGAUUAGGAGAUAAAGAGCGCAUAGCGGCAGCACUUGAGAAUCCUGACUUUAUGAGUCUGCUCAACUAA